AUGGUACUUUUCUACUCUGCUGAUCAAAACACUCAAACCAUCACUGAUAUCACUCAGCAGAGAAUGAAACAAUUAAGGGAAUCCUUAGCACAAGUCCUGACUCUCUUUUACCCAUUUGCUGGAAGGGUUAAAGACAAGAUUACCAUCGAUUGCAAUGAUAAAGGGGUUCACUACACCGAGGCUAAAGUAAGUUGUAGCCUAGCUGAAUUUUUUAACCAAUCUAAUUUCUUGUCAUUAAUCUACAAGCUCCUUCCAAAUCAAGCAACCAUGGAAGUAUCGGCAGAAGGGUACACAACUAUGGCAAAAGUGACUUGUUUUGCAUGUGGUGGCAUAGUGAUAGGUGCCUUAAUAUCUCACAUGGUAGCAGAUGGAGCAGGUGCGAGUUUCUUUUUAAACAGUUGGGGUUCUAACUCUUGUAUCGGUAAGUUUCAACAUACAUUUGAAUUUCCUAACUUUGACACCCCUUUCCCUCGAAAUAAUGCAUCCCUACAAGACACAAAUGCGAUGCAUUUGUGUGGCCAAUUUUUGAACAAGGGUAGGCUUGGAUCGAGGAGAUUUUUGUUUGAUGAAGAAGCUAUUUCAAAGUUAAGAGCUCAGGGGUCAAGUUCAAUUGUGCAAAACCCUACUCGAGUGGAGGUGGUAGCAUCCCUUAUAUGCAAAUGUGUUGCAAAAGCUUACAAGGCAAACACUGGUUUGGAGAGGCCAACUUUGAUAACUCACGCAGUAAACUUGCGUCGAAGGGCGUCUCCUAAUUUUCCAAACUCGUGUAUGGGUAAUUUUGUUUGGUUGCCUACAGCUUUAAUGAGUCAAAAUUAUGAGUUACCUAAAUUGGUUACUAAAUUCAGGGAAGCAGUGACGUCAAUUAGCUCUGAUUUUGUGAAAAGCUUCCAAGGUGAAGCGGGGUAUGUUAAUUAUUGUAAAAGUUCAAAACAGGUAAUCGAAACAGCUUCAAGGGUUGCACAGAUGAAUUCAAGUGGGGUUAAUUAUCUUCAUUAUACGAGUUGGUGUAACUUUGGUCUCUAUGAUGUUGAUUUUGGAUGGGGAAAGCCAAUUUGGGUGUCUUGUGUUGCUGAUUCACUUGAUAAUAAGGAUGAUACAUUGUUUUUCAACUCGGUGAUUCUAAUGGAUACACCUUUAGGAAAAAGAAUUGAAGUUUGGGUUUAUUUAAAAGAAGAUGAGAUGGCCAUAUUGCAACAAGACAAAGAACUUCUUACGUUUGCCACCAUGGAUCCAAGUCCUCUGCAACUAAAGGAUUAA